AUGAGGGCACUCUCCUUUGCCGGAAACUCCUCUCUCAGGACCAUUGCUGAUUACAGCAGUUACUCUCAAUUAUGGCUGGAUUCCCACACGCUGGCUGGGAAUGCUGCCCUCAUCCUGGUCAUUGUGACAGACAGUGCUCUUCAUGCACCCAUGUACCUCUUCCUGUGCCUUCUUUCGCUCACCGACCUGGCUCUCAGCUCCACCACGGUGCCUAAGAUGCUGUCCACUUUAUGGCUGCAUGCUGGAGAGAUUUCCUUUGGUGGAUGCCUGGCCCAGAUGUUUUGUGUCCAUUCUAUCUAUGCUCUGGAGUCCUCAAUGGCCCACACAUACUGUGAGCACAUGGGCAUCGCUCGCCUGGCCUGUGCCAACAUCACUGUCAAUAUUGUCUAUGGGCUGACUGUGGCCCUGCUGGCCAUGGGUCUGGAUGCCAUCCUCAUUGCCAUUUCCUACGGCUUUAUCCUCCAUGCUGUCUUCCGCCUUCCAUCUCAAGAUGCCAGGCACAAGGCUCUGAGUACCUGUGGCUCCCACCUGGGGGUCAUCCUGGUCUUCUACAUUCCUGCCUUCUUCUCCUUCCUCACCCACCGUUUUGGCCAGCACCGAGUCCCCAAGAAUGUGCACAUUUUUCUGGCCAACCUGUACGUGCUGGUGCCUCCUGUGCUCAACCCGAUCAUCUAUGGGGCUAGGACCAAGGAGAUUCGGAGCCGACUUCUGAGGCUGCUUCACUUGGGAAAAAUUUCAACAUGA